AUGGGUGAUCAAACAAAACAAGUUGCUGCUCCUGGAGCUGAAACUGCUGAGGUUGUGAAUGCUUCACAUCCUUAUUUCAUAAGCUCAUCUGAUGCUCCAGGGACUCUGUUGGUGAAUUCACCUUUUGAUGGCAAAGGUUUUGCUGGUUGGAGACGUGGGAUGUUGAUUGCUCUCAAUGCCAAGAACAAAGCCAGCUUCAUAAAUGGAACCUCUGCAGAACCAACAGUAGGAUCAGAUCUACACAAGGCAUGGUCAAGAGCAAAUAAUAUGGUAAUCUCUUGGAUCCUAAACUCUCUUUCUAGGGAGAUUUCUGAAAGUGUGAUAUACUACACCACUGCUGAGAACAUUUGGAAGGACCUUGAGGCCAGAUUUGGCCAAAGCAGUGGUGCUCAGUUAUUUCAGCUUCAAAAAGAGCUGAAUGAUCUUGUUCAAGGAUCCAAUGAUAUAGCUACUUAUUAUACCAAAAUGAAGAGGCUCUGGGAUGAGCUUGACAGUUUGGAUACUGCCAUUCUCUGCACCUGUGUGUGCACAUGUGAGGCUAAAGGAAAAGCUAUGAAGGCUAAGCAAGAUGAGAGGCUUGUGAAAUUCCUUAUGGGACUUAAUGAUGGAUAUUGUGGUGCUAGAGGUAAUAUCCUUAUGAUUUUUCCCCUUCCCACCAUUGCUAAUGCUUAUGCUCUUUUAAUGCAAGAAGAAAAGCAAAGGGAGAUGCAUUCUACACCUAAAUAUCCAGGAGAGACUUCUUCUUUUUUGGUUACUGGUCAAAACAGUCAAAAGUCAUUUUAUCAAGGAGAAUCUUCUCAAACCAUGACUGGAGGACAAGGAGGACAAAGACCUUUCUACAAUGAAGCCAAGGCACACAAGGGUUUUCACAACAACAAGAAAACUAACCUGAUUUGCAGGUCUUUUGCAAGAAAACUGGGCAUACCAUAG